AUGAUCGCUACUCUCAAAGCUGAAGAAGCGAGCCAGUUGCAGCUGGUGGAGCGAGAAGAUAUCGAUGACGAAGAGGAUCUGUUUGAAGCCAUCGACAAAUUGAUAUCUGCAGGAAUCAAUGCCGGAGACGUGAAGAAGCUUCAAGAUGCAGGAAUCUACACCUGCAACGGCUUGAUGAUGCACACUAAGAAGCACUUGACUGGAAUCAAAGGUUUAUCUGAAGCUAAGGUUGAUAAGAUCUGUGAAGCUGCUGAGAAAAUAGUGAAUUAUGGUUAUAUCACUGGAAGCGAUGCUCUACUAAAAAGAAAAUCCGUGAUUCGCAUCACAACCGGAAGCCAAGCCCUUGAUGAACUCUUAGGGGGUGGCAUAGAAACUCUGGCUAUCACAGAAGCUUUUGGAGAAUUUAGGUGUGGCAAAACACAGCUGGCACAUACUCUAUGUGUUUCUACACAGCUCCCUACAAAUAUGCGAGGUGGGAAUGGGAAAGUGGCUUACAUUGAUACUGAAGGAACUUUCCGGCCUGAUAGAAUUAUACCCAUAGCGGAAAGAUUUGGGAUGGACCCAGGAGCUGUCCUUGACAAUAUCGUUUAUGCUCGUGCGUACACAUAUGAGCAUCAGUACAACCUGCUUCUUGGUUUGGCAGCAAAAAUGUCUGAAGAACCAUUCAGACUUCUGAUUGUGGAUUCUGUCAUUGCUCUAUUUCGAGUGGAUUUCACUGGGAGAGGAGAACUUGCAGAGCGCCAGCAAAAAUUGGCUCAGAUGCUCUCCCGGUUAACAAAAAUAGCUGAAGAAUUCAAUGUUGCAGUCUACAUGACCAACCAAGUUAUUGCAGACCCUGGUGGUGGAGUGUUCAUAUCAGAUCCAAAGAAACCAGCCGGAGGGCACGUGCUUGCCCACGCAGCCACAAUAAGGUUGAUGUUCAGGAAAGGCAAAGGUGAACAGCGGGUCUGCAAGGUGUUUGACGCCCCAAAUCUUCCUGAAGCUGAAGCAAUAUCCUUACGUGACCACUGCUACUGUUUUAAAUUCGUUCAUAUAUAUAUAUAUAUAUAUAUGUAUAUUUGUCUUGAUUGCCCAUAUGACUAACUCCAAAUAGUAUGGUCAAACCCAAAAUGGCUCACCAGCAAGGUUCAUCAUGAUCAGCGACCUUAAUAAAGACUCCUCAUAUAAAGCAUGUAGAGAAAUCUUAGCUUGCAAAGCAACAUUUAAGAGAAGUUCCACUUUGUUGUUUAGUUAUACUUGACAGAAGCACGUGUUUCAGAUAACGCCAGGGGGCAUUGCAGAUGCAAAGGACUAAACUUAGAGGUAAGACCAAGACCGCUAGCUACACCAGACAGGGCAAAGUAAUGUACUGACAUUUUCUUACUAUCGACAAAACAGUUUUUUUUUUAAUUGACUGUUUAUAGUCCCUCCUUUUAGAACUUUAUGUAGCAGGAAAGGAUUCGCCUUUCCUUGUAUAAUCCACCCAUACACUAAGUUCUUUUAUACGUGCGGACAAGAUAUAAUACAUAGCAAAGUUUUCCUUUUGCAAAGAAGUGCACAAUGUGAGUAGUAGAACAUCACUCUUCCAAAAGCUACUAGAGAGGAAAAACCAGUCAGACAAAGAGAUUUGCAGCCUUUAUGAGAAGAAAUAUUAUUCCAUGUUAUGUACCACGUCAAGCUCAGUUAUGAUGGUAAGCAAACAUGUACAGCUGCAUAAAAUGCUGUCUUAGUUUUAAAAAGGCUGACAACAAUUUAGAGUUUGAAUAUCCACUAGCUCAGCCAAGUCAUCGAGAUAGGAUAUUAGCAAUUGGAGACUAGGAAAGAUGGAUAAAAGCGGGAGGCUCACAAAUAACAAAA